AUGGCAUCAACUAAUACUGCUAGGUCGACUAAAACUACUACAGUUAAUGAAAUAAUGGAUGCAUUUAAAGCAUUUGAUAUUGAUAAUAGUGGUUUUAUAACGCCUGAUGAAAUACAGAUUGUUAUGAAAAAAUUAGGUGAAAAUAUAAAGGCAGGUGAUGUAGAAGAAAUGAUGAAAGCAGCAGACAAAAAUAAUGAUGGUAAAGUAGAUUAUAAAGAAUUUACAGCUAUUAUGAAACUGAAAGAUGAAUAUAAAUCUUUUAUUAUUGAUUAG